CACUGCUUGCGUCUCAAAUCUGGCCACACUGCCAUAGACAUAAUGAAAGAAGGGAGAAAAAGGUGGAAAUGUAUUGAGGAAAAUAUUUCUAAUCAAUAAUUAACUGUCAGUUAUGCAAAGCGAGCAGUAUCAAUUUUAAUGUACAGUCAUAUUUAUUCUUUUUUGUGAUGCAUUUCUCAAAUAAUGUAAUGUGUAUUAUGUAUUCUAUUAUGGAUUUAUUUAUUGUCAAUGAGAGCAAUAAGCAAUAAAAUAAUUGCUCUCAAAAGCCAUAUGAGCUGAAUUGUAUAUAUUUUAUGAUUGACUGAAUAAUUGCAUAAAUGCAACAAAAAUGGUUGAAAUGGUAGAAGACAUGGAUAGUUUAGAUGACAAACUGUUUGGUGAUGCAUUUAAGAGGAACUCAUCCACGGAGAAUAGCAAAAGACGAAUUACAUUUGCAGAUGAAGAUGAUCCAUUAACUGAUUUGUUAGCUGAAAAAGAAGAUUUUCCAUCAAGUCAAAAAAAUCCAAUGCCAGUAAAAGAUAAGCGAAAUAUAAUAGAUGAUUUAUUUAAUAAGAAGGUUUCCAAUGAAUCAUUAACAAAAUCAAAAUCUGAUGAAAAAGAGAACAGCUUGAUGUCUGCAUUAAGUGCUACAGGAUUUGAUCAACCAAAAGCAUCAGAUGAUAAAGCAAAAAAGUUAUCCCUGAUGCAAGAUUUGUUUGGAAAUACAUUACACAUGUCACCAUCAAAAGAAUCAAACAUUAGUAAAAAGUCUGUUCAGUCAGAACAGGUUGCACAAUAUACAAUGGAGGUUUCUAAGACACAAUCACAACAUUCGACAUAUGCACCAACAGCUUUAGGAACACGAGAAUCUCGUAGAGGAAAGAGGACUUCAGAGAUAAUGAAUGAUCCUCUAGGAUUAUUUUCUUUGAGCACAACAUCAAGUAAAACUGGACAAACUACACUAGAAAGACAUGCAGUGUCUACAGAUUCAAAUAACGAUAAAUUAGAAACUAAAGAUUUACCAGAUUGGUUGGAACCUAAAAAGACACAAGAAGAUAAAACUAGCAAUUAUACUCAAGAGAGAACAAUGCCAACUGAAGAAUUAUUUAAACACAGAAGAUCUGAUUCCGAUAAAAUUAUUCAAGAUGUAACAAACAUACAAGAGAAUGAGACAAGAGUAACUGAAUCACUGCCACAUGAGAAGGAACGAUUAAGAAAAUUAUCAGACAGUCAAAAUAUAGAAACUAAUGAAUCCGAAAAACGAAAAAUUAAGGAAGAUUAUCCUGAAUCCAACACAAUGGAUGUUUUAAUUAAUUCCGAUAUAAAUAAAAAUUCAGGAAAAGCACAAGAUAAUUUAAUUAGCAAAAACACAAGCUAUGAAAAUGUAAUCCAGAAGCUGGAAUUAGAAAAGUCUCAUCUGACAGUAACAAUACAUAGUUUAAACGAAAAAUAUGAAAAUGAAAUAAUGAUUCUAGACGAAUCAUAUAAACGGCAAAUAGGAUUCCUGCAAGAGAGAACAGAUACAUUGGAGAAAAGAAUGCAACAAGAACUUGAAUGUUUAGAAACAGAUUAUGAAGCAAAGAUUGAAAAAUUAAAGAACGAAAAAAUGAAAAUUGAAACAUCUUACAAGGAAGAAAUACAGAAUUUAAAGAAGGAACAUGCGCAAAGUAUAGAAGAAAUUUAUGAACGCCAUUCUCAAAAUAUAAGACUGCUGCAGAAAGAACAUUUUGAUACUAUAGAGAAUAUAUUAAAAAUGAGAGAAAUUGAGAAUUUAGCUAUGACAACUAUAGCGACUCACAAGACUGACUUGCAGAAUUUGUUACAAAAAGCUAAUUUUAUUAUAGAGAAUAUAAAAAAUGUGCAAGAAAAGACUGACCAAAGAGAUGACCAAAGCGUAAAGUUAAGAGAGUACUACUUAAAGAAUCAGGAAGAAGAUAUGCAAAUACGAAAUAUGGAAAUAAAGAAACAACAGGAGCUACUGGAACAAGAACGUGACAAAAUGAUGAAAGUAGCAAAUAGAUUGGAUUCGCACGUUUCGCAAUUAGUGCUUGAUUUAGAAAAAAAAAGUACUUUGCUCAACGAGGCGCUGGAAACGUUAAAAAGAAGAGAAGAAUUUUUGUCACACGAAAGAGAAGCAUUUGAAGAAAAAGUACGAUGGGAACGUAAUCAUUUACAGGCUCUAAAAGAAUCUUGGUUAAAUGAACAAGAGAGGCAACUGAAGGCUUUAACAAAGGAAAAAGAGAUUAUUGCGGCUAAAAAAAGGCAAUAUGAAGUUUUAAGGACAAUAAAAACUAAUACGGAUAAUAUUACGAAGAUAGAGUCAGCUGCUGCUAUAAAAACAGCUCAAGAUGCUACUUUACUCACAAAUCAGGAACGAUUAAAAUGGCAAGAAAAACUCAAAUAUCUUGAAGCGCAGCAACAGGCUUUACAGAAAAAAGAAUACCGGCUUUUAACACAUGCUCAAGAUCUCGAAAACUUUACACAGAUAGCAUUCACGAAAAAUGAGGAAGCUAUUAAAGCACUAAAAGAAGCACGCCAUAUCGAAAACGAGCAUAAAGUUAAAUUUGAUCCUCACUUUGGCAUACUUGAAAAGUUUAAUUCAGCAAGUGAAAAGUUGGCUUUGACAAAUGCUCAAGUGGCAAAAUUGAAAAGAACUACGAAUGCUCCAUAUAAUUAUGCAGACAAGCGAACAUUAUCCAAUCAACAACACGCAUUUCAAGUUGCUACUCAUUUUACAGAGGUUGUAGAUCCUCAAUUGGUAAUGUUGAAAUUGAACCUGGAUGACCAAUUGGAUAACGUUCAAUAUAUGACUGCCAUGAAACUUUGAUACAACGUUAGAUAUAUAUUAACAUCAAUCAAUGCAUAUAAAAAUAUCAGUAUAAUAAAUAGACUAUUACAUACUUCUUAUAUCUAAAAACGUAUAAAAAUUGUUUAAUAUUUUAUGUAUUUUGAAUAACAGACAAUAAACAUUGACACUUA